AUGGUUUUGAAAACGACGUCGAAGAGUUUUUCGGUGGCUCUUUUCUUGUUGGUCAUCGUUCUUGUUAUGUAUCUUGCUCUCUUCUCUUACGUGUCCGACCUUUGGUUGAUUCGUUCACUAAGUUUCUCUCAAGGCACGUUACAACAAAGAUGGAAAUCCAGAAGAAUCGAGCAGACCCAACAAGAGAUGAGUACUUCAGCAACAAUCACAUGUGACCGAUCCCACACUAACUACGAUCUCUGCUCAAUCAAUGGCUCCUGUAAUCUCGACCCAAGAACCGGAACUAUCACUCUCAUGGACCCUACAUUCGGCCCAUCAGCAACCCUUAUCGAGAAAAUCAGACCAUACCCAAAAAAAGAAGACAACUGGAUCAUGCAAAGGAUCGAUAAGCUAGUAUUAACCUCAGGCCUGACCCGAUCAUGUGACAUAACACAUGAUUCGCCGGCGAUUGUCUUUAGCGCCGGAGGUUACAUCGGAAGCAUCUACCAUGAUUUCUUCGACUGUCUCAUCCCGCUUUUCAUUACAGCCAACAAGUAUUUCCCCGACCGCGAUUUCAUCCUCGUGGUAACGAAUCCUAAGGAGUGGUGGAUGCCGAAAUACAUCAAUGUUCUAGGUGAGUUUAGCAAACACAAAACCAUAUUACUAGACAAAGAAAAUGUUUCUAUUACACAUUGUUUCACUUCAGCCAUUGUGGGACUAAUUUCACACGAGUCUAUGACCGUUGACUUGAACCAAACAACCAACUCCAAAUCGUUAGUGGACUUCCACAACUUAUUAGGCAAAGCCUUCAACACAAAUAUAACUACUAUCCGAACUCACAACAAGCCUCGUCUCAUAUUGGUCAGUCGAUAUGGUGCCAUUGGUCGUGUGAUGUUGAACGAGAAAGAGAUCAAAGAGAUGCUUGAAGAUAUUGGAUUCGAGGUAAUCACAUUUAGACCAUCGGGAACCACGAGCUUGAGAGAAGCGUAUAAACUUAUAAAGUCGAGCCACGGUAUGGUCGGGGUUCAUGGUGCGGCAUUAACCCACUUGUUGUUUCUUAGACCCGGUUCUGUUUUUGUUCAAGUUGUUCCGGUUGGGUUAGAAUGGGUUAAAACUUGUUACGAAUCGCCGGCUAAGGCAAUGAAGUUAGACUAUAUUGAGUAUCCGAUUAAUGUGGGAGAGAGUAGUUUGGUAGAGAAAUAUGAUAGAGAUGACUUGGUUUUGAAAGAUCCUAUAGCUUUUAGAGGCAUGGAUUGGAACGUAAGUAAAAUGAAAGUGUAUUUGAAAGAGCAAGAUGUUAGGUUAGAUGUGAAUCGGUUUAGGAAACAUAUGAAUAAAGCAUACGAGAAAGCUAAUUCUUUUAUGAACAUAAAUGGUUGA